AUGGCUGGAAAAGUUAUUUUGCAUCUGAGAGCUGAAAAAAAGCCCAUGGAGGCAAGAGCCGGUCUGACUCCAUCCACUGCCAAGGAGCUCCUUGAUACCGGUGACUUUGAGAUCUUUGUUGAAGAGUCUACUCAGUCCACCUUCAAGUCCUCCGAAUACAGUGCAGUUGGAUGUACAAUUGUUCCAGAGGGUUCGUGGGUCAGCGCUCCAAAGGAGAGAAUUAUUAUUGGAUUGAAAGAGCUUCCUGAAGAGUCCUUCCCUCUGGUUCACGAGCACAUCCAGUUUGCCCACUGCUACAAGGACCAGGCCGGAUGGCAAGAUGUUCUUUCAAGAUUCCCAGCCGGAAACGGUGUUUUGUAUGAUCUUGAGUUCCUUGAGAACGACCAGGGAAGAAGAGUUGCUGCCUUUGGUUUCUACGCUGGUUUUGCUGGUGCUGCUCUUGGUCUCCAAGACUGGGCUUUCAAGCAGACCCAUUCCGACUCCGAGAACCUUCCAGGUGUAACUGCUUAUCCUAAUGAGGAUGAGCUGAUCGCCGAUGUCAAGGUUGACCUGGAAAAGGCCUAUGCUACCGGUGCUUCCAAGCCAACUGUGUUGGUGAUCGGUGCUUUGGGAAGAUGUGGCUCUGGUGCCAUUGACCUCUUGAAAAAGGCUGGUAUUCCGGAGGAGAACAUCAAGAAGUGGGAUAUGAAGGAGACCGCUCCAGGUGGUCCUUUCAAAGAGAUUGCCGAGAGUGAUAUCUUCAUCAACUGUAUAUAUCUGUCCACUCCAAUCCCUCCUUUCAUCAACUACGAGCUGUUGAACUCCGCUGACAGAAAGCUCAGAACCAUCGUUGAUGUCUCUGCUGACACCACCAACCCACACAACCCAAUCCCCGUUUACACCAUUGCCACUGUUUUCAGUGAUCCAACUGUGUUGGUCCCAACCACUGCUGGUCCCAAGCUGUCUGUUGUCUCCAUUGAUCACUUGCCUUCGUUGCUCCCAAGAGAGGCCUCCGAGUUCUUCGUGACUGAUCUGUUGCCAUACUUGAAGCAAUUGCCUCAGAGAGAUAGCUCUCCUGUCUGGGUCAGAGCCAAGAAAUUGUUUGAGAAACAUGUUGGACGUUUGAGUGCCCAAAGCUCUCAUAUUUAA